CGUCGCGAUAUCCGUUUCCAAGUUCACCGUCAAUUUAUUUAUAAACAUCCAUAACCCGAUCGUAGCCGCACCCUCUGGCGAUAAACAAACAUCCCCACCAGGUUUAAAAGCCGCGAGGAAAUGGAAGGGGAUCUGGCUGAUAAACAUGUCUCCAGGUCGACCCAUUAAUCCCCUGACCGACUGAAAUCAUUCGUCUCGAUCGAUCUUCUCCGCGUGUGUAACGAACCAACCUCGACGGACAUCCACGAGGAGAAAAAAAGGAAGGCGGGGAGGAGUACGGUCAGAUCAGGGUAGGGAAGGUCAUAGCUCGAAGCGGCAGGCUCCAAUCGCGUUUAUAUAGAAGAGAAGCUCUCGUUUACGCAUCACUCAUUAGCGUGCGACAUUUCGUUUUCACCGGAUGAUUAGCAUCGAGAAGUGUAGCCAGAAUCAGUUAAACCGGUGUCUCGUUCGAGCAGCUAGAUACGGAGAGCCGAAACGAUGUUGACCGAUGUGGAGCAACUUCCAUCGUUGAAAUUCGGCGAUUUCACGCUCGAAUUCGAGCUUGGACCACCGAGCGCGGAAUUGCAGGAAGUUGCCAAGAAGGAGCUGCGCGAGACCCCGGAAUUACAGAAAGAGGCAUUGGCUCGAUUCAAGGAAUUACUCGAAGCGGAAAAGGACCUGAAGGUCCCGAUAGACAACGAGGCUUGGCUAAUUCGGUUUCUGAGGCCCUGCAAGUAUUACCCAGAAUCAGCGCUGAAGUUGGUGCAGAAUUACUACAGUUUCAAAGUGAAGCACGCGAAUGUAUACGAUAAUUUGAAACCCAGUCGAGAGAGAAACAUUUUCGAACAAAAUAUUCUGACUGUGUUACCCAACCGGGAUCAACAUGGACGCAGGAUCUUGAUCAUCGAGUUGGGUAAAAAAUGGAAGCACAACAAGUGCAAUCUGGACGAGGUGUUCAAAGGAUGCGUCUUGUACCUGGAGGCAGCUAUGCUGGAGCCAUCCACGCAGAUCGCUGGAGCCAUCGUUAUUUUUGACAUGGACGGAUUGAGCCUUCAGCAGACGUGGCAAUUUAAUCCGCCAUUCGCGAAAAGGAUAGUCGACUGGCUGCAGGAUGCUAUGCCACUUAGGAUAAAGAAUAUUCAUAUUGUUAAUCAACCAUAUGUGUUCAAUAUGGUGUUCGCGUUGUUCAAACCGUUCCUCAGGGAGAAACUGAAGAGCAGGAUCGUUUUCCAUGGCACGGAUCGCAAAUCGUUGCACCAGUAUAUUUCGCCAAAAUGUCUACCUGAUUGCUAUGGAGGAACUCUGCAGAUUCCGAGAGUCACUGGACCACAGUGGCUGGAGUUGCUGUUGAUGUGCGAUAAAGAAUAUGACGCGAUCAACUCGUACGGCUACAAGAAGAAAUAGUUCAUCCCCCUCGACGCGACCUUCAGAAGAAGGGUAGCAAAAAAAGCUUGCUUGCGAUCGAAAAUCGAUAUCGAGUCGAUUUUCGAACAAACAACAUCGGCUGUGGGUUUCUUUUGUCAAUGUGCUGAUCCAAGUUCGGUCAUUCGACUCGCCUGCUUAUUUAUAAACAACUACCCUGUUGCGCUCUUAGUUGACUCUUUACAAUUAUAUAUAUUUUUGUAAAAAAAUGAAAAGGGAAAAACAAUCGUGAGCUUAGUGCAUCGCGUCCCGAGUAUAUUAUCGGAAAGGAGACAGUUACAUUGUCUGUUAGGGGAAUUAUCUAGACACAGCUAAAUUAUUCAAGAAUAUCUAAA